CGCGCCACGCAACCGCAUCGUACUUCGCGCGGUGUUCGUGGCCGUUCGUCUAGCCGUUCGUAAGUUCGUUCGGUUCGCUUGGAGCGGUUCGACACAGUCCAGCACAGUCUGUGCUGCAAGCGCGUUCGUAAUCGCGAUUCUCUAACCGAGAAGGAACUGUCUGACGGAAUCCAGCGCAACGUCGAUACCCGUCACACAAGAGCGAACGGAAGAGAAGACUCCGAGGCAUCCGACUGAAGGUUUUAUCGUUGAGUGAUAUAGUUAUUUGCAAGCUAUUGGUGUUGGUGAAAUGUUACUUCGCCGAUUUCCUGCGGUGCAUGGCGAGGACUCGUAGCGAGCAUCGUCGCCGUCAUCGUCACUAUUGUCGUUCGUAUCGAACGUACGUUCGCGCUGUGUCCUUUAACUUGUAUUCUCAGCCAUUGUCUCAGGCGAUACCGAUCGUCUCUUUCGAAUCUUCGUGUGGACGAACGUGCGAGAGACACGAACGAAAGGUUGCGAGUUUGUGAGUAGACGCCGAGUACGUUAGUGGUUGCGCGCGUAGUGAGGAUGAUCAACAUGGAAACGGACAAGAUAAUCGACGACGCGAACCCAAGUCUGCAGAUAAUUUGGUUCAGAAAGUAAUCUACACAAGUUUCCAAUGACGAUACUAUACGAUUCCACCUGCAAGAAGGACCCACCGUCAACAGGAGUGUCCACGGAAUAUGAACAGGAAAGGGACAUGUGUAUGAGAUUCUUUGAAAGAUGGAGCGAGUCGGAGCAAGUGAACUUCGUCGAACAGUUAUUAGCGCGAAUGUGUCACUAUCAGCACGGACACAUCAACGCGUAUCUCAAACCAAUGUUGCAGAGAAACUUCAUCUCGCUUUUGCCAAAAAAGGGAUUGGACCACGUGGCAGAGAGUAUUCUCUCGUAUUUGGAUGCCAAGUCGCUGGUCUCUGCAGAGCUGGUAUGCAAAGAGUGGCACAGGGUAAUCAGCGAGGGUAUGCUUUGGAAGAAGCUCAUUGAACGCAAGGUCCGUACAGACUCGGUUUGGAGAGGAUUGGCUGAGAGGAGAGGAUGGAUACAGUAUCUGUUUAAACCGAGGCCAGGUGAAAGUCACCCCAAUCACAGUUUCUACAGGUCGCUCUACCCAAAAAUCGUCAAGGAUAUCGAGAGCAUAGAAAACAACUGGAGAAUGGGACGAUUUAAUCUCCAGAGAAUUAAUUGUCGCAGCGAGAACUCGAAGGGGGUUUAUUGUUUACAGUAUGACGAUCAGAAGAUAGUAUCCGGGCUUCGUGACAACACGAUCAAAAUCUGGGAUAGAAAUACUCUGCAGUGUAUCAAGGUGUUGACAGGGCAUACGGGUUCCGUCUUAUGCCUGCAGUACGACGACAAGGCUAUAAUAUCCGGAUCCUCGGAUAGCACCGUGAGAGUCUGGGACGCCAACACGGGCGAGAUGGUCAACACGUUGAUACAUCACUGUGAGGCGGUGUUACAUCUCAGAUUCAACAACGGAAUGAUGGUCACCUGUUCGAAGGAUCGUUCGAUAGCUGUUUGGGAUAUGACAUCACAGACGGAGAUCGCGCUGAGAAGAGUGUUAGUGGGGCACAGAGCGGCAGUGAAUGUGGUUGACUUCGAUGAGAAAUACAUAGUUUCCGCUAGUGGUGAUAGGACUAUCAAAGUAUGGAAUACAUCCAACUGCGAAUUCGUGCGAACGUUGAACGGGCACAAACGCGGCAUAGCGUGUUUGCAGUACAGAGAUCGCUUAGUAGUUAGUGGUAGUAGUGACAAUACCAUACGAUUAUGGGACAUCGAGUGCGGCGCAUGUUUGCGUGUUCUCGAGGGACACGAAGAACUAGUGAGAUGUAUCAGAUUCGAUAGCAAGCAUAUCGUUAGCGGUGCUUAUGAUGGGAAAAUUAAAGUCUGGGAUUUAGUAGCAGCUUUAGAUCCUCGCGCUGUUGCUAGUGCAUUGUGUUUGCGUACUUUGGUGGAACAUACUGGACGUGUAUUUCGACUUCAGUUUGAUGAGUUCCAAAUAGUUUCGUCAUCUCACGAUGAUACAAUUCUCAUUUGGGACUUCCUCAAUUAUACCCCGUCAACUGGUGGAAAUGUAUGCAACGUACGCAUACCAAUGGAGGGAGCACCAAAUCAAGCUGGCACCAGAUCCCCAUCUCCAUUUGAGUGACGCAUCAAUAAGAAGAUCCCCUUAUUGUGAUACAAUUGUAAGUACGUACUAUGAAUUGAUCGAUUCACACAGAUGCGCCUUAGAAAUAUCUUACUGGGCAUGAGUUUCAAUUUUAGCAUUGAGAAAAGGGUCGAGAAAAAAUCGCAGAAUUUAAUCGCAAGAUCUUGCAUUUUAGACAAGUGGUUAGUGAGUGAAUCCAAUGUGUUCACGACAAUGUGCGCAAACAAUGAAAUGCCCAGUGAUGAGUGUGUGUGAGCGACAGCGGCUACAUCUUGGAGAAAGAACUUGCUAGUGACUUCGGUUAAUUGUUUGCUGGGACAGCAAAGGAAAUUUUUCAAGAACUAAGGAAACACGGACCGACCUCUGUGAAAGACUAUAAAUUAUAAUUUAUAGUUUGUAAUCUGUGCUCGAAGCACCGCGUUUAGGAACGAGCAAUACGAGUUUAAAAAGCCAGACAAAUACAUCCCAUGGAUGUAAUUGCAGUCAUCCGCUUCUUGGCCGUCUCUGUGUCUCGCGACACGAAGUCGAGACCGUUUCUCCUACUGCUACGGUAGAAAAAAAAGGGAAGGGAAAAGAUCACGAUACGUAACGAAACGAAACGAAAUGUCUUUAGCGAGGCUGGAUACUACACUUAAUGAGACAUUAGAUGUAUUAUAGUAAAUUAAUGAUUUUUUUUAUAUAUAUAAUUAAUUUAUGAAAUAAGAACACUGUAAAAUGCUGUUUGAUUGGAGUACUUAUUCUGCGUGAAUGUGCAAGAGGAGAGAAAUUGUUACUUGAGAGAAUUAUUGUGUUGCACCGUCUUUCGAAAACAUCUGGCACAAAGUGCUGCAUAUACUCACGUUUAGCAUCACAUACUGAGUCAUUAAUUCAAUGUAUAAGAAUCUUUUGUAGAUGAUCAAAAAAACUGUGAAACUUAUGUGUCGUUUGGUAAUGAAAGAGCGAGGAGCCAGCGAACUCUGGACAGCCGUUUGGCGUGUACGACGCUGUUUGCAUUUAAAACACUUAAAAGAUCAUUAUGUGCGAGAAUGUAAAUAUUCAUCAGAGGCAAGUGUGUAGUGUGCGAUUUCUAAAAUAAUCACAACUGCUGUGUGUAAAAAAAAGGAAAACGCUAUUAUUACGUCUUGACUAUUGAUCUCGUUCAGAUCAUUUUAUUCGCGUUUUUGUACGAUAUAAGUUCCUCAUUUUUUUAUACAUUUCUCUAAAUUGCCACUUGUCCGGACGUUGUAUAUUGGAUAUCGACCAAUAUUAAUUCUCUUUGCAAGAGUAUCAAAUUUCUGCAAUUUGGUAUUUCACUGAAGCCUCGGAGAGAGAUAUAUCCCCCCUUCAAGUGUAACAAAUAUUUUAUGCGCGAGUAAACGGGACUCAUUGCAUAUUUUGAUUCAUAUUUAUGUACAUAAAUGAAUAUACAAAAAGUCUGUACACAAGAAUUCGAGCGAGACCACCAUAAAUAAAACGUCCAAGUGGUUGUGACGUUACGGAAUCAUGUAAACUUCGCGAACGUUAUGAAUAUAAUGUGUACAUAUAUAUAUUAUUAAUAUAAUAACAAUAACAGUAAUAAUAAAAAAAUAAUACAAUAUUAUAUGUUAUAAGACAUACAUAUAAUAUAAUAUUAUGAUAACUAUUAUUAUUAUUAACGUGCUAAUGUUCGCGAAGUAAUGUAGCUAAACUUUCGCAAUAUCACAUCGGCUGUCAUCAGAGUGUUAUCAGAUAUUUUCAGAUAUUUCCAAAAAUGUUCCACGGUGUGUCGCAAUCCUCCUCAUUAAGGACCACGUGAACCGCGACGCCGCGAAAAGUGAAAUACCGAAUUACGUGCCGAAUAUGCGUUUUUGUUAACGAUGGUCAGUAAAAACAAUGCGACGUAAUAUAAUCACUUAUAAAUAUUUGUCAAUAAAUAUAAUGAAAUACACAGAAAGCAAUUAUCAUGGAAAAUAAUACAUAUUACAAGAUGUAAAACACUACAGUGAUUCGAAUGUUUUUCAGCCCUUAAAUAAUGAGACGUUCACAGAUUUACGUUUUCGAUUAAAUUCAGAUGUACGUCACGUUAAUUUCCCAUUUUUAUACGAGCCAUGUAUACAGAAUACGUGUGAUUUAUACAUUGAUACACGGUGAAAGCGGUAAGGCAAUAUUAAAUUAAAAACCAAUUAGAGUACGUGCGAAAUUUGUUUACUCUUAUAACGAUGCACAAUCUAGAGAGAAAGAAGCACGUAUACACAUGCAGGUGCGCCGAGCAUUUGUAUCAUGUAACUUGUUCUACAAACAACAAUUUCUACGUUAAGCAAGCAAACGAGAACGAAAAAAAAAGGAAAAGAAGUACGAAAUUACAAACUGCAUGUGAACUAGGUACAAACAUUGUGAUUCCGAGAGAUUAGCGCGAUCGGAUGAGAAAUUUGUGUAAUCUUGAGGUAUGUAUAAGUAACACGUAUACAUCUAGCGGGACGCGACAGUGUGCGUGUGUGUGUGUACAAACGACAAGCACACUUUUCUAGAGUACGACGUACGUAGUUGGUGAGUUUACGAUUGGUUUUCCAGCGUACAAGAAAUGAUAAUAAUAAUUAUUAUGGCCAGACAUUAAUGUCACAUCACCCUUGCAUUAUAAUCAUCCACGUUCUUCAUCGUUCUUCCGUUAUCUGCGGAUACGCAUACGUAGAUGUUAUAAUAGAAUAUAACGGAAAUUGCCCUCCCCUUAUUAUUUCGUCUCUCGUCGUUUAAAUUGGAGUCCGAGAAAUUUUAAUUUGUAACAGAUCGAGAGAUUUGAAAUCGCGUAACAUCGAGAGAGAUUUUAAUUUGCAACAUCCGCAUCCCCCGAGUUUUUCUGGAAUUUUUCUUACCGAUACGUUCAUCGAUCGAUGUUGUACAUACUCGUACCGAAAAUUGCUCUUCGCUAAACGAUCGAAAUCGAGCGGGGCAGAGCGCGAGUAAAAUACGAAAUGUGAAGCCGACUAAUUUUUUGGAGAUAUCGGACGUAUAGUAGCUAAGAAACUAAUUGCGAACUUAUACCUUUAAGAGUACCGUUCCACGCGCUGCGAUCUGAUCGCAGACGUAGACGUUUGCUAAAAUAUCCUUAAGAUGAUAUUGUGAUGCUUUAUUGUUAAAUAUCGAUAUGAAUCUUCCUGUAUGAGAAUAACUGGAUAGAGGAUACAAAGGCUGUGCAAAAGCUAUAUUCGAAAUAUACGAUACCUACCAAGAACA